AGGGCAAAACUAGUUGAUAGGGUCGCGCUUUCGAGUAGUCCACUUGAUGACAUCAUCACAGCCAAAGCGGCACCAUGGAGUGACCUGAUCAUAUAGAUCAUUCCUUCUUCUUUUUUUAACAGUUGAAGCAAACAUUGGGAAUGAAUUAAUUACCAGCCCGUACACGUCACGAUGAAACCUUGGUGGGGAGGAGAAUGGUUCGAGUGUAAACCGAGAAAACAGUAAGCAAAGGAGCGCGCUACCGCUUAAAGAAGAAUAGACGCUACGUGCCUUUACUUGUGAUUCUCUCUCUCUCUCUCUCUCUCUCUCUCUCUCUCUCUCUCUCUCUCUCUCUCUCUCUCUCUCUCUCUGUCUCUCUCUCUGUCUCUCUCUCUCUCUCUGUGUGUGUGUGUGUCUCUCUCUCUCUCUCUCUCUCUCUCUCUCUCUCUCUCUCUCUCUCUCUCUCUCUCUCUCUCUCUCUCUCUCUCUCUCUCUCUCUCUCUCUCUCUCUCUCUCUCUCUCUCUCGCUCUCGCUCUCGCUCUCGACUCGCCCUCCCUGUCUUGGGAGAGUGUUGGUUUUGUUCCGUGGGGCUCCGUUUCACAUGGCGGAGGGGGGCGGAGAUGGAAUAUUCAGAUGAGCCGGAGUGACAGCUCCUGUUUCCCCCAAUGCACUCCUGUUUCUGAAACUCCACCACCGGCUCCUUCCUCCUCCCGACUACUUCUCACUUCAUAGUUGCGCACAGUAAAAAACCUCGGACGCUAGGGGAUCAAGACGCCUCUAUGUGGGCACUUCAACUGACCUUUCGGGGGCCGUUUUCGCUUGGUUAAAAGGCUGAGGCGGAGGGAUGCUUUAUUUUUAUUUUUUUAUUUCUUAACAUUCUCUGCUGAUUGCGUUUCUCGGCUGAUUGCUGAAGCUGUUUUUUUUAUUUAUUUUUGUGGUUUGGUUGUGCUUUUUUUUGUUGCGCUCGACGUCGACGCUUCGCGUUGUUUUUAUCCCCCGCAGUUUUUUAAGGGAACGAGGCGCAACAGCACGCCUCGUGUGCUGCCCUCACCACCCAUGUCCUAUCCUCAGGGUUAUCUCUACCAGCCCCCGGGCUCUCUGGCGCUUUACUCGUGUCCGGCGUAUGGAGCCUCGGCUCUGGCCGCCCCGAGGAGUGAGGAGCUGGCCCGCUCCUCCUCCGGGUCUGCCUUCAGCCCUUACCCGGGCUCGGCUGCCUUCUCCGCCUCGGCCGGCGCGGGCUUCUCCAGCGCGCUGCAGUACACCACGGACCCGACCACCGGAUUCCCUUCAUACAUGAGUUCCCCCUACGACACACACACCACCAGCAUGGCCGGGGCGCUGGGCUACCACCCGUACGGCAGUCCCGGGUACCCGUACCAGCUCAACGACCCGGCCUACCGCAAGAACGCCACUCGGGACGCCACGGCCACCCUGAAGGCCUGGCUGCAGGAACACCGCAAGAAUCCAUACCCCACCAAGGGCGAGAAGAUCAUGCUGGCCAUCAUCACCAAGAUGACCCUGACGCAGGUGUCCACCUGGUUCGCCAACGCCCGCCGGAGACUCAAGAAGGAGAACAAGAUGACGUGGGCCCCCAGGAACAAGAGCGAGGAUGAGGAUGAGGAAGACGGUGAGGGGGACGGAAGGAAGGAGGGCGAUCGCUCCGACAAAACCAUGGACAUCAGCGAGGCGUCGGCGGAGGAUGAAGGCAUUAGCUUACACGUGGACACGCUGACAGACCACUCGUGCUCAGCGGAAUCCGACGGGGACAAGGUCAGCUGCCGCGUCAGAGACUUGACCUCCGACCUUUCCCGGGACAAAUGUGACGAUGACGAUGACGACGAGGACGACGAAGACGACGAUGAAGCAGAGCGGCGCGGGGGGCGCAUGCCGACGCCAGCAGCUCUCCCCAAACCGCUCUCCUCGCCGCCAUUAACAGGAGUAGAGGCGCCGAUACUCAGUCCACACCACCACCACCACCUCACCACCCCCAUCAUAACCACCUCCUCCACCUGCACAGUCAGCGCGAGGAGUUGACCCGGACCUGGUCAAUAACAACAACAGCAGCGGCAGCAAACAGUCGUGUCUCGACAAUAGGAUCACAGCCUCUUCGGUUACGGGUGCGACUCCAACCCCGCAGUCAAACCCAAACUGUGGUCGCUGGCGGAGAUCGCUACCUCUGAUCAAAAGCAACAGCAGCCACCCGGGCGACCGAGCAGCCCCUCCGGGGUGCACGGCCUCCUCAACCCACCCACCACCUCCCCACCGGCUAACGCAGUCUUACCCCUCACCCUCCAUCCUGGGAAGACAUAUUUAUUACACGUCGCCCUUUUUACAGCAAUUACACAAACUACGGCAACUUUAGCCCACUGCAGGGCAAGGGAUUUUGCGGUACAAUUCCCCGGGAAUGAGCGUGGCGGCCGUCGCUGCAGCCGCCGCUGCAGCC